AUGGGAACAAAGCUACCUUACUGGAAGGUCCAAAAUAUUGCUGCGCUAUCUGGAAAUUUAUGGACAUUGGACUCGAAGCAACUGGCCAUUGCCAAAGAAAAAGGCAUCAUUACAGACUUGCCAAACAUUAAGACGGCAGAAAUCGACGACAAGAACAAAUCAGACGCUUUAGUAAAGGUCCUGGCUGUGAUGCAAGUCGUCUGGAUGAUCAUUCAGCUCUGUGCCCGAGUAUACUACCGUCAUCCGUUCGCGCCGCUGGAGCUCGGCACUGUCACCUUCUCAGCUACGGCAAUCAUCUUGUACAUCGUUGAAUGGGAUAAACCAAAGGAUGUCAACACGCCAUUUUAUGUAAAGGCCGCUUCAUCUCCCGUUUCCGAAGAUGCAUUCAAGGCAAUUGUCGAAGCCGCUCCAUUUCCAUACAUGCAGUUUCCACUCGUACAAUACAAGCAUUAUUACAUGCCUAGUGUUGCUUUUCAUGAGACCUAUGGGAGUCUAAAGGUUAUUGACGCAAAGUCGUUUGUUGUUGCAAUGAUCACCGUUGUGUCUUUUGGCGGCAUUCAUCUACUAGCAUGGGAUCUCCAGUUUCCCACUCCCGUGGAGGGCUUGCUAUGGAAGAUAUCUGCCAUCAUGACUAUUGCGUGCCCUGCUUUUUACGGUAGCAGUCAUUUGCCGUGGUGGGAAAGAAUCCAAAAGGACGCAACGGCAAGAGAAAGGUUCCUGAUAAAUGGCGUCGCUGGGUUUACAUCUUUCUUCUACUUCUUCGCUCGCUUGUUCCUGAUUACGGAGAGCAUUCGGUCGCUGUAUUAUUUGCCACGAGGGGCUUACAUUGCUACUUGGACUGCUGAUUUCCCACACCUAUCAUGA